AUGACUUCAACAACAACAACUUCAAGACGGCAGCAAAACACAAAUUUAUUCAAACAACUUUUAUUUUUAUUGCUAAUAUUAAAUUAUGUAGCAGCAAAAACAUUAUUUGAUGUUGAUGAUAUUUGUGAAUGUGGACAUAGAUGUGUUGGAUUUGGAGCUAAACAUUGUGUUAGAUGUUGCACAACAGUAAUGCGCCGUUCAGUUCCACUAUCAGAAUAUCCAAUGGAACAGUUAAAAGAAGCAGCAACAAUUAAAAAUAUAGCAAAUACAGAAGAGGAAAAACAACAAAAUGAUUUAAUUGAAAAAUUUGUAAAAGAUCAAGAAAGAAAAAUGGAAAAAGAUGUUGAAGAAAAUAAUAAUGAUGAUCAACAAGAAAGGAAAUUAAAUCAACGACUAGAAAAAAAAUCAAACAAUUUUCAAUUGUUCAUUCCUUCAAUAUUGCUGGAUCGAGCAUAUCUUCGGACAGAAGAAAAAAAUGGCGGUCAAAUUGUAAGGCGGAGAAGACAUUCUACAUUUACAAACGGCGAACAACAACAAUUGAGGAAUUAA